CCGAGUAUAGCAGCAGGCAUGGAUGAACAGGCCCUCUUAGGGCUAAAUCCAAAUGCUGAUGCAGACUUCAGACAAAGGGCACUGGCCUAUUUUGAACAGUUAAAGAUUUCCCCAGAUGCCUGGCAGGUGUGUGCAGAAGCUCUGGCCCAAAGGACAUAUAGCGAUGAUCAUGUCAAGUUCUUCUGCUUUCAAGUUCUAGAACACCAAGUGAAAUUCAAGUAUUCGGAACUUACUGCAGCUCAACAGCAGCUAAUUAGGGAAACUCUUAUAACUUGGCUCCAAGCUCAGAUGCUGAAUCCCCAACCGGAGAAGACUUUCAUUCGAAACAAAGCAGCGCAAGUCUUCGCGUUACUCUUUGUUACAGAAUAUCUCACCAAAUGGCCCAAGUAUUUCUUUGAUAUUCUGUCAGUAGUGGACCUUAACCCCAGAGGAGUAGAUUUAUACCUCAGAAUCCUCAUGGCUAUUGAUGCAGAAUUGGUGGAUCGGGAUGUAGUUCAUACAUCAGAGGAGGCUCGUAGGAAUACCUUAAUAAAAGAUACCAUGAGGGAGCAGUGCAUUCCAAAUCUGGUGGAAUCAUGGUACCAAAUCUUACAAAAUUAUCAGUAUACUAAUUCAGAGGUAACAUGCCAGUGCCUUGAAGUAGUUGGGGCCUAUGUCUCCUGGAUAGACUUGACCCUGAUAGCCAAUGAUAGGUUUAUAAAUAUGCUGCUAGGUCAUAUGUCAAUAGAAGUUCUCCGUGAGGAAGCAUGUGACUGUUUGUUUGAAAUUGUAAAUAAGGGAAUGGACCCAAUUGAUAAAAUGAAACUAGUGGAAUCCUUAUGUCAAGUGUUACAGUCUGCAGGGUUUUUCAGCAUUGAACAGGAAGAAGAUGUAGACUUCUUAGCCAGAUUUUCUAAACUAGUAAAUGGAAUGGGGCAGUCAUUGAUCGUCAGCUGGACUAAACUAAUUAAGAAUGGAGAUAUGAAGAAUGCUCAGGAGGCCCUGCAGGCCAUUGAAACAAAGAUAGCUCUGAUGUUGCAGCUGCUCAUUCAUGAGGACGAUGACAUCUCCUCCAACAUCAUUGGCUUUUGUUACGAUUACCUUCACAUUUUGAAACAGCUUACAAUGCUCACUGAUCAACAAAAAGCUAAUGUGGAGGCAAUCAUGUUGGCUGUUAUGAAAAAAUUGACCUAUGAUGAAGAAUAUAACUUUGAGAAUGAGGGUGAAGAUGAAGCUAUGUUUGUAGAAUAUAGAAAACAACUGAAAUUAUUGUUGGAUCGCCUUGCUCAAGUCUCACCAGAGCUGCUGUUGGCUUCUGUUCGUAGAGUCUUUAGCACUACACUUCAGAAUUGGCAAGCUACUAGGUUUAUGGAAGUCGAAGUAGCAAUAAGAUUGCUGUAUAUGUUGGCAGAAGCUCUUCCAGUAUCUCACGGUGCCCACUUCUCAGGUGAUGUUUCAAAAGCUACUGCUUUGCAGGACAUGAUUCGAACUUUGGUAACAUCUGGUGUCAGUGCCUAUCAGCAUACAUCAGUGACAUUAGAGUUCUUUGAAACUGUAGUGCGAUAUGAAAAGUUUUUUGCUGUUGAACCUCAGCACAUUCCUUGUGUUCUAAUGGCAUUCUUAGAUCAGAGAGGCCUGCGUCACUCUAGUCCAAAAGUAAGGAGCAGAACAGCAUAUCUUUUCUCUAGAUUUGUCAAGUCUCUCAACAAACAAAUGAAUGCUUUCAUUGAGGAUAUUUUGAACAGAAUACAAGACCUGCUGGAGCUUUCUCCCCCUGAAAAUGGUUACCAGUCUUUGUUGAGCAGUGAUGAUCAGCUCUUUAUUUAUGAGACUGCAGGAGUACUAAUUGUCAACAGUGACUACCCAGCAGAAAGGAAACAGGCUUUAAUGAGGAAUCUGUUGACUCCAUUAAUGGAAAAGUUUAAAAUUUUGUUAGAAAAAUUGAUGCUGGCACAAGAUGAAGAAAGGCAGGCUGCCCUAGCAGACUGUCUCAACCAUGCUGUUGGAUUUGCCAGCCGAACAAGUAAAGCUUUCAGCAACAAACAGACUGUGAAACAGUGUGGCUGUUCUGAGGUUUAUUUGGACUGUUUACAGACAUUUCUGCCAGCCCUCAGCUGUCCUUUACAGAAGGAGAUUCUCAGAAGUGGUGUCCGUACUUUUCUUCAUCGAAUGAUCAUUUGUCUUGAGGAAGAAGUUCUUCCCUUCAUCCCUUCAGCCUCAGAACACAUGCUUAAAGACUGUGAAGCCAAGGACCUUCAGGAAUUCAUUCCUCUCAUCAAUCAGAUUACAGCCAAGUUCAAGACGCAGGUGUCGCCGUUUUUGCAGCAGAUGUUCAUGCCUUUGCUUCACGCCAUCUUUGAGGUGCUGCUUCGCCCCGCAGAGGAGAAUGACCAGUCUGCUGCUUUGGAGAAGCAGAUGCUGAGGAGGAGUUACUUUGCCUUCCUGCAGACGGUCACGGGGAGUGGGAUGAGCGAGGUCAUUGCCAAUCAGGGUGCAGAGAAUGUUGAGCGAGUGCUGGUGACUGUCAUUCAAGGAGCAGUAGACUAUCCUGAUCCAAUUGCCCAGAAAACAUGCUUUAUCAUCCUCUCAAAGCUUGUGGACCUCUGGGGAGGCAAAGAUGGACCAGUAGGAUUUGCUGAUUUUGUCUAUAAACACAUCGUUCCUGCCUGUUUCUUAGCACCUUUAAAACAAACUUUUGACCUGGCGGAUGCACAGACAGUUCUGGCUUUAUCUGAGUGUGCAGUGACUCUAAAAACAAUUCAUCUCAAAAGGGGCCCAGAAUGUAUUCAGUAUCUUCAGCAGGAAUACCUCCCUUCUCUGCAGGUAGCUCCUGAAAUAAUCCAGGAGUUCUGUCAAGCCCUUCAGCAGCCUGAUGCUAAAGUGUUUAAAAAUUACUUAAAGGUAUUCUUUCAGAGAGCAAAGCCCUAAGGAUCAUACUGGAAAUCCCUGUACCAAUUUCCAUGAUCAGGACCUCCAGUUACUAAUUUAUACAAAUGGCAUUUUUUGUGCCAUUCAUCAUACUGGUGGUCUUUUUAAAAUUGCUCUGUGCUUACUGCAAUGUGUAUUUUAGCAUUUUUCUGUAAGAAUGGGGUAUGGCUGAGUUGGCUUAAAUACAGGUAUAUAACAAAA